UUUUUUUAUGUGUUCACAAAAUAUAAUUAUGUGGAAGUAAAAGAAAUUGUAAUUUUACUAAAUGUGUCAUUUCCGAACUGCAUAUAAAUGAAUUAGGUAUCCCAGCACAAAUGACCAAAUCCCAUUAUGGAAGUUUAUUUAAUUCUUUAUUCUGUCUUGUACUAGUCCUCAUAAUACAGUCCCCUGUAUUUUGGAGUUGUGGGGCGAGGUUUACUUGUUAAUAAUAUUAAAAUUGUUUUGAAUUCAGAACACAACUGAUAAUUUGAUGACUCUGACUGUGUGUUGUCCUUUUCAUCGGAAAUUGUUCAACUCUUCUGCUGGAUCUCAUUAGAUUCUACAAGCCCAAGUCUAUGCCACUGACGUUUGCGAGUGAUUGCGAAGGUAGCGAAUGUUGAUUUUUCAUCAGGGUUCAUUCAAGGUCGCAAAUGUUUGCAUCGACGUUCUAAUAAUAUGCAGAAAAAAUUUUGAACAUGUUAAAAAUUUCUUGGCUACAAGAAAAACGUUUUUUUGAAUGUCUUUGCAAAAGUCGGCGACGUUGAACGAACCCUGACAAAAAAAUUUGCUACCUUUGCAAACACUCAAACCUUCGUCGCUCGAUGGGAUUCGGGCUUCAAUGAAAUAUCUUCCUUAAUGGUGAUUUCCUCCAAGUAAGGAGGGGUAUCAUCUGUGGGACAUCAUGGGGCGGUGCAAGUUGCUUGUCUGCCCCCUCUCAUGUGACAGAGGUCUGGAUCACAUUUAAAACACAUGUUAGUGCUUGUGUGUGUGCAGAAGAAAUUCAUGAUGAUGGGAUUUAACAGCUCUGAAAGGAAAGGUUGAGAGCUCAAAGCAAAUAAGGCAAAAAACAUUUUGUGGAUUAAGAGGUACAGUAGGUGUAAGGCAGCCAAUGACUAACUUAGAUUCAUAACCAAAGAGAAAGGAAACAGACUGAACUUCUCUCCGAGCUUUUUGCUGGCUCCAUUUGGACAAAGGAGAAGGUGGGUGAUAAGAAGCCUUCAAGGGACUCAGAAUUUUAUGAGGUCCUUUUCAGCUUCUAGCUCAUUGCCUACUUACUCAAGUGAACACCGCAUCAAAGCUGCACAAAUAAGACGUUCCGAGUUGUAAAGCCCCUCCAUUUGGCUGGCGGGUGUCUGGGGGCUGCUUUUGUGACAGGUUGCGUCUGGCUCACGCAGACACAGACACACCCACAGAGCAGGGUUGAGAGUUUAUGCAGCACAUACACGUUAGAGAUCAGCUGGUCUGGCCCUCAGAGAGGUAGCCAGCUGUGAAAAGGAAGACAAGUUCAUAGCGAGUGCUGCUCAGAGGCCAGAGCAGAGGAUCCAGGGGAUGCUGGUGAAGAUGAAGCAGACUCUUUAUCGAACCUCCUGCUUGGUGACUCUGCUGGUGGAGCUCAGCUGGAUCAAUGGGGGCCUCGGCCUGCAAAGACAGGUUGGAAGUAGGGUAAUGAAGCAGUGGGAGAGGAAGGUACGCUCAGCCUCCAGCCUUGACGAGCUGCUCAGACUUGCAGACUUCCCCGACUGGAAGUUGUGGAAGUGCCGCAUGAGACUGCAGCAGUCGGACUCUCUUUUCUCGCCACCUUCGGCCGGCUCCCACCGCUCGACACGUUACGCCGCAGAAUCUUACAGCUUGGAGAUACUCAAAGCCAUAGAUGAGGAGUGGCAGCGGACACAAUGCAUGCCAAGAGAGACUUGUGUGGAUGUGGCCAAGGAACUGGGUACUGACCCGUCCAUGUUCUUCAAGCCACCUUGUGUGUCCGUCCACAGGUGUGGUGGCUGCUGCAAUCAAGAAGGUGUCACAUGCAGAAACACAAGUACAGCGCUGGUCAACAAAACGGUCCUCAGCGUGAUUCCAUUCAAGUUUGUACCGGAGCCUGUGCUGAUAAAAGUUGUGAAUCAUACAGAAUGCAAAUGCAUGGAGCCUGCCAUUAUACGACGUAAUGCUCAGCCUCAGAGGGGCAGUGGUUGUUCUCUGAUUGGACAGCUUUCAGAGGCUGAGAAUUCCAGGAGACUUUGCGUCAGCGGUUGGAUUUGGGAUUGUACAAGUGACAAAUGCAUACCGUACCCCUCUAAUAGUAGCCCAGAUUUUCCAAUGACUUCAUGGAUGCCCGACUGUGAGAUCGACGUGGAUCGUUGUGACUGUAUUCCACGAGCUGAUCCAACUCCCCAACUAAGAAUGGUUCAACGCUGUCACCUCAACAGCUCCAUCUGUUCUCACAGACGUCAAUAUUUUGACCCCUCCUCCUGCAGAUGCAAGUGGCCCAAAUAGCAGCAAGUAUGACAACCUGCAGACCAAUCCUUUUGGAGGCAGAGAAAUAGUGGCACAUAAUUUAUUUACAACAUUAUUUAUACAAAUCACGUGAACUAAUGGAGAUUAUACUUAGUCACAGGACCAUGUUAAUUAAUUUUUAACAUUCUGAUCUUAUGUUUGAAUCAAUUUGUGAAUUUUGAUAUUCGGUUUUUCGUGCACUGAAUAUAUGGAUUAUAAAAAGGUUAUUUUUUAUAAUUCA